GCAAGAGCCGGCGUCCAUGCGUGCUUCCGGGACAGCGGGGCCCCUGGCCUGGUGUGGGCUCCUAUUGGUGGCAGCCAUGUGGGCCAGGGCUGGGGCUCAGGGUGUCUGUGUGCGGGGCCCACACCACAAGGCCACGCCGGGCCCCGAGAAAGAGCUGUUCCAGGAGUGUGCCCCCUGGGAGCCCAGGGCCUGCUGCUCGGCUGGCACCUCCUUCAGCGCCCACCUGGAUGGCUCCCAGCUCUACAAUUUCAGCUUCUCCCACUGCGGGCUGCUCCCGCCCGCCUGCCAGCAGCACUUUGCCCGAGCGGCCUGCUUCUACGAGUGCUCGCCCAACCUGGGGCCCUGGGUGCGGAAGGUGCCGCCCCUGUCCACCCUCCCGCAGAUCCCAGGCGGCGGUCAGCGUGUGCUGGCCGUCCCCUUGUGCCGGGAGGACUGUGAGAAGUGGUGGCAGGAUUGCAGGACGGCCCUCACCUGCAGGCCCCACUGGCACAGCGGUGGCUGGCACUGGAGCAGGGGUCGGAGCCGCUGCCCGGUGGGAGCACCCUGCCGGCCCUUCCCCGCCAUCUUCCCCACGCCUGCCCUCCUGUGUGCAGGGGUGUGGGAUGGCGCCUUCAGGGCCAGCCCGGAGCCCCGGGCCAGCGGCCGCUGCCUUCGCAAGUGGUUCCAGCCGGGACUGGCCAACCCCAACGACGAUGUGGCACGCCGCCUGGCUGAUCCCGCUGUACCCCGCACUGCCCCGCCAAUGCCCCUGGCCGCACUGCUGCCCCUCAUGCUGGCCCUGCUGCUGCGGCCCUGACCCCGCCGGACCCCAUGGCCACCGCUGGACCUGUGCCCUGAGCUUACCCCAGCUCCCUCCACCACCCCAAGCCACCUCUAGGAGGCACAGUAUGACCUGCCCAAAGAUGGCCAGAGCGGCUUACAGGGCCCCUCGGACAGGGCUGGGGAGGGGGCCGGCAGCCCACACCCACCAGAACCUCCUGGAACCUGCAGCCCUAUGCCCCUUGCUCCUGGCUCACUGGGCUGGUCCCUCCCGGUCCCCCACCUCACACCCUCACCUCAGGCUCCAGAGGCCAGAAGUGUCCUGCCCAGAAGCCACACCCGCAUCCCUGCGGACCUCAAGGAC